AUGGCCGGAGAACAACAUCUCUUGUCUACGGAGAUUGUUAACAGGGGCAUUGAAUCUUCUGGCCCUGAUGCCGGAUCCUUAACAUUCUCCGUCAGGGUUCGUCGUCGCCUGCCAGACUUUGUGCAGUCCGUUAACCUCAAGUAUGUGAAACUGGGUUACCACUAUCUGAUAAAUCAUGGGAUUUAUUUGGCCACCAUACCACUUCUGGUGCUGGUUUUCAGCGCAGAGGUAGGCAGCCUCAGCAGGGCAGAGCUGUGGGGGUUUAUUUGGGACAGCACUGCACGCUAUGAUCUUGCCACCGAGCUGGCAUUUCUUGGCGUCUUUGUGUUUACUCUCUCUGCAUAUUUCAUGUCUCGGCCUAGAUCCAUUUACCUUCUCGACUUUGCAUGUUACAAACCCAGUGAUGAUUUCAAGGUGACAAAGGAGCAAUUCAUCGAGCUAGGGAGAAAAUCAGGAAAAUUCAACGAUGCGAGUCUCGAAUUCCAGAAGAAAAUCUUAGAGUCCUCUGGUAUUGGAGACGAAACCUACGUCCCAAGAUCAAUAAGUUACCCGGAAAAUAUUGCUACAAUGAAAGAAGGUCGAGCUGAAGCAUCAAUGGUGAUAUUCGGAGCCCUAGACGAGCUUUUUGAAAGCACACGCAUUCGUCCAAAGGAUGUUGGGAUUCUCGUCGUCAACUGCAGCAUAUUUAACCCGACGCCUUCUCUAUCGGCUAUGAUCAUAAAUCACUACAAGAUGAGAGGAAACAUUUUGAGUUUCAACUUAGGUGGCAUGGGAUGCAGUGCUGGAAUUAUUGCAUUGGACUUGGCUAGUGACAUGCUGCAAUCAAACCCUAAUAAUUAUGCGGUGGUGGUAAGUACUGAAAUGGUGGGGUACAAUUGGUACCCUGGAAAAGAACGAUCAAUGCUUAUUCCAAAUUGUUACUUCCGGAUGGGCUGCUCCGCCGUGCUCCUCUCCAAUCGCCGCCGUGACUACCCUUUUGCUAAGUACAGGCUUGAACAUAUUGUCAGGACACAUAAAGGUGCUGAUGAUCGUAGCUUCAGGUGCAUCCAUCAAGAAGAAGAUAGUGAGAGGUUCAAGGGAUUAAAGGUCAGCAAAGAUUUGGUAGAAAUUGGUGGUGAAGCACUCAAGACUAACAUCACAACAUUAGGACCCCUUGUCUUGCCCAUUUCAGAGCAACUCCUAUUCUUCUCCACACUUGUAUGGAGGCUCUUAUUCGGCAAUGGCGCGCAUUCCCAGCCAACGAAGCCAUACAUUCCCGAUUACAAACUAGCAUUCGAGCAUUUCUGUGUGCACGCCGCAAGCAAAACAGUGCUCAAUGAGCUGCAGAGGAAUCUGGAACUGAGCGAAAAGAAUCUUGAAGCAUCCCGUUCUACAUUGCACCGUUUUGGCAACACGUCCAGCAGUAGCAUUUGGUACGAACUGGCCUAUCUCGAGGCGAAGGAGAGAGUCAAACGAGGGGACCGUGUCUGGCAACUGGCGUUUGGGUCAGGUUUUAAAUGCAACAGCGUUGUUUGGCGAUCAAUGCGUCGCAUCAGGAAGCCGUCCAGGAAUCCAUGGCUCGAUUGCCUUGACAGGUACCCCCAGCAGGCUAUCUAG